AUGUGCCUAACACCAGGAGGAGCACAGGGACACCAGGAGGAGCACAGGGACACCAGGAGGAGCACAGGGACAGCAGGAGGAGCACAGAGACAGCAGGAGGAGCACAGGGACACCAGGAGGAACACAGGGACAGCAGGAGGAGCACAGGGACAGCAGGAGGAGCACAGGGACAGCAGGAGGAGCACAGGAGCGCUUCAGAGUCUCGGCUGCUCUCUCCUCUGUCCCGGGACAUCUGCGGCCUCCCCCCGCGGAGCAGAGAGGCCGGACCCCCGCGGAGCGAAGGUCGAGAUGAAGAGGAGCAGCGUGGGGAAGAGGGUGGCUGAGGCUCCGCCCCCAGAGAAGAGCAGUUGGCUCAGACAGUUCUGUGGACGAGGAUUCUUCAGAGAAAUCUGGAAAAACAGAUUUGUGAUUCUGAGACAAGAACAACUCCUGAUCUGCCACCAAGGAGUGGUGAGGUGGACGAGAGAUAGGUGUGUGGGGGGGGAGAGAGGGAGGAAGAAGGAGGGCGAGCUAGAGAGGAGAGAGAUGGAGGGGGGAAUGGAGGAGGAGAGGUGA